GCUCCUCACCUCUCGACGGCCGCCGCGGCCAAACCUCUCGCACAGACGCCCGGCCCUUUUACGAUCCACGGCCACUGGAUUCAGCCCGUGCUCACAGACGUCAUCGCAAGCUCACCCGGCACACUAGGUAGUAGGUACCUACCUACCUACCCAGCUCCAACCCUCUCCCCAAUCCCAGCCGCCCAACUCAUAUAGCUCUCUCAUUCCUCGCGUGUAACAAUCAGGCAUCCUCAUCCCAUCCAUCUCUUCCAAUCUCUCCCAACAAUCAAAAGCCCAUCACAGCCCACCAUGUCCGGACGCAUCGUCAAAGUCCUCGGUGUCGGCGCCGCCGCCGGUGCCGGUUACUACCUGUACUCCGCCGGCGGCGACCCAAAGGUCGCCGAGAAGAAGCUCGAGCACGACGCCGCGCGGCUCUCGUCGAAAGUCAAGAGCGAGCUGCCUGGGAUCGAGAAGGAGGCUAAGACGCAGGGCAAGGUCUGGGGCGAGCAGGCCGGGCAGAAGGUUGACAGCGCGGUCAACCAAGCCAAAGCAUACGGUAAAGACGCCGAGAAGAGGGCCGAGGAGCUGAAGCGCGAGACGGGAGCAGGUCUGAGCAAGGCCGUAGAUUCCUUCGAUAAGAAUGUGGAGAAGGGUGCUGCGAAGACGCAAAGCUGGAUUGGAAGCUGGUUUGGUGGGAAAUAA